AUCAGUAAAUAAAUAUUCCAAAAUUGAUUGCGAAUUUUACUUAGAUUAGUAAGUUCUAUCUUCGAAAUCUUACAUCCAUAAUAAUUAAAAAGGCAAUUCAGAAAUCCCUCUCUACAAUCUAAAAGAACAAUACUUAUUAAUGAUUAUAUUAAAAUUUCAGAUAGUUCUAAGUUAUCUAAUCAUCAAGUUAUCGGCAAAUAAAUGUUUCAUUGACGGACCUUUUCGAAACAAUUUAUAUUAAAUUCCAAAAAACCUCUUAUAAAGACCAGUCAAUUUCUUAUAUAAAGAAUUGAUUGUUGACAUUAUUAAAAUAAUCCAAUUUAUUCACUAUGGGUUAUUAUCCACCAGAUUCAAAUGAAGAAUGGUUAGCUCUCCAGUGUCCAGUACCGGUUAAAGAAUGUCCAAAGAAAGAUGUGAUUACUCACUGGUGGCAUGCGAGUUGUGGUGGUAGAAUGAAAAUAGGAACUCACAUGAAGAUAGUGUGUACUUCGUGCAAUCAUGGCAGCCUUUGGAGCAGUUGGCAGUUUAAAUGUGCAAACCACGACUUCAAACCGGUCGGAAACAAUGUAGAUAUGUAUAACGCCUUAAGUCGCUACAUCAAUAUACAUUAUAUAGACAGUGAGAAAUCACACGUAAUACAGACAAUUUUAAGAAAUCUUCUUUAUUUGCCCCAUAGACUCCCGGUUAAACGAUCAUCAAAACACUUGCAAAGUAUACUCUUUUUUGGUUGUGAUCAACACGAAAAGUUUCCCUGCGAAUUUAAUAUCUUGGAUUUUGAUUAUUGGAUUUAAGAAUAAGAAUAAUGAAUCCUAAAUCUAAGAGUAUAACGCCCACCCACCCUC